UUGCAAAGUCUUUUUCUCAGUCUCUUCUUUCUCUUCCUUUUUCUCUUUCUUCUUCCUAUGUUUAGGGAUAUUUUUCUGCAUGGAAAUGGCCAUGGCACAGAACAGAUCAACAAUUCCCAUAAAUGUGGGAGUUGUGUUUGACAUGGAUGCAUGGGUUGGGAAAAUGGGUUUAAGCUGUAUUUCUAUGGCUUUAUCUGACUUUUAUAGCUCUGAUCAUGGCUCUGAUUAUAAGACCAGACUAGUUCUCCAUACUCGUGACUCAAAGAGAGACAUAGUUGCCGCCGCUGCAGCAGCAGUUGACCUAUUGAAGGACCUUGAAGUGAAAGCCAUAAUAGGGCCAACAUCAUCAAUGCAAGCUGAUUUCAUAAUUGGUUUAGGAGAGAAAGCUCAAGUACCCAUCAUCUCAUUUUCAGCUACAAGUCCUUCUCUCUCAUCAUUUCGUAGUCCAUACUUCAUUCGUGCCACUCUAAAUGAUUCUUCUCAAGUUAAAACCAUUAGUUCCAUUAUCCAAUAUUUUGGAUGGAGAGAGGUUGCCCUUAUAUACAUUGACAAUCAAUUCGGAGAAGGUAUUAUACCAUUCUUGACUGAUGCAUUAGAAAAAAUCAAUGCACGUAUCCAUUAUCGAAGCGUUAUUCCUGAAUUUGCCAUUGAUGAUCGGAUUACAUCUGAACUUCACAAGUUAAGGAGUAUGCAAACUCGGGUUUUUAUUGUGCAUAUGACAACUUCACUUGGUGCCAAAAUAUUUACUAUGGCCAAAGAACUUGGAAUGAUGAGUGAAGGGUAUGUUUGGAUUAUUACAGAUGCUAUGGCAAAUGAACUUAAUUCUAUGGAUCCUUCAACUAUUGAAUCCAUGCAAGGAGUUAUUGGAGUAAAACCUUAUGUUCCAAGAACUAAACAACUUGAGGAUUUUACUACUAGAUGGAAACUGAAGUUUCAACAAGAAAAUCCAACAAUUCUUAAUGCGGAAUUGAAUGUGUUUGGACUAUGGGCUUAUGAUUCAGCUACUGCACUAGCCAUGGCAGUGGAGAAAUCUAGAAACGCUGGUGCCUCUUUUCAAAAGCUACACACUUCAGGAAAUACAACAUAUCUUGAAGCUAUUGGAGUUUCCAAGGAUGGUCCAAAACUUCUUCAAGCUAUACUAAAUACUACUUUCAAAGGCCUUAGCGGAGACUUUCAAAUUGUUGAUGGGCAAUUGCGGUCACCAGCUUAUCAGAUUAUUAAUGUGAUUGGCAAUGGUGCAAAAGGAAUUGGUUUUUGGACAAGAGAAAAUGGGAUUAUUAAAGAUCUAAGUUUGAGAAGCACAAAAAAUGGACAUUCAAUUUCUAAGACUAAUUUUGGCACUAUUAUAUGGCCUGGUGACACUACUUCUGUUCCUAAAGGUUGGGUGAUUCCAACAAAUGGGAAGAAAUUGAGGAUUGGAGUUCCACUAAAACAUGGUUUCAGUCAAUUUGUGAAAGUUACUAGAGAUUUUACUACUAACACAACAACGGUUACUGGUUACUGCAUUGAUGUUUUCAAGGAAGUGAUGGACGCAUUACCAUAUUAUGUUCCUUAUGAAUUUGUUCCCUAUGUAACUCCUGAUGGAGAGACUACUGAAAGUUACGACGAUCUUGUUUAUCAAUUAUUUCUUGGGACCUUUGAUGCUGUUGUAGGGGACACUACCAUUUUCGCAAAUAGAUCGCAAUAUGUUGAUUUCACAUUACCUUACACGGAAUCUGGAGUCGCGAUGGUGGUGCCAAUCAAAGACAAGAAUAGAAACAAAGCGUGGGUGUUCGUGAAGCCAUUGACAUGGGAGCUGUGGUUAACAAGCUUCUGUUGUUUUGUUUUCAUUGGCUUUGUCAUUUGGGUACUUGAACAUAGAGUUAAUGAAGACUUCAGAGGACCUCCUUGGCACCAAGUUCGCUUGAUCUUUUGGUUCCCCUUCUCAGCUAUGGUCUUUGCACAGAAGGAGAAGAUAGUAAGCAACUUGGCUAGGUUUGUAUUGAUCAUCUGGUUCCUAGUAGUACUCAUAUUGACUUCCAGCUACAUGGCAAGUCUUACAUCGACGUUAACAGUUGAAAAACUCCAGCCAGAACUUCUAAAGAGCAAUGAAUAUGUGGGCUACCAACAGGGUUCUUUUGUAGCAAGACUUCUAGCAAAGAUGAACUUUGAUGAGGACAGGCUUAGGCCUUAUAGCACUCCACAGGAAUGUGUUGAUUUACUCUCUAGAGGUAGUGCGAAUGGUGGUAUUGCAGCUGUUUUUGAUGAGAUUCCUUAUGUGAAGCUUAUCCUUGCAAAGUAUUGCUCGAAAUAUACCAUCGUUGGGCCUACAUAUAAGAGCGAUGGCUUUGGCUUUGCCUUCCCAAUGGGAUCUCCUCUAGUACCUGAUGUUUCAAGAGCAGUUUUAAGUGUGACAGAAAGUGAAAAGAUGGUACAAAUAGAGAAAGCAUGGUUCGGGAAAUAUACUUGUUCAAAUUCUAGCGCUUCACCCUCCUCCAAUAGUCUUGGCCUAGAUAGCUUCUGGGGACUCUUUGUCAUAGCUGUAGUUGCAGCAACUUUGGCUCUCCUCAUCUUCCUCACAACGUUCAUGCAUGAACAUUGGCACAUCAUGAGACAAUCUAAUCUUCCGUUCCACGAAAGAAUCAGAAUCUUGGCUAGAAAUUUUGACAGAAAAGACUAUAGUAGCCAUACGUUCAAGAAUAGUGAACUGAGAGAUGCAGUGGGAGUUUUAGGACAUAUGGAUUGUCCACAAAGUCCACAUGAUAACUUGUCAAUGUUUGCUUCUCCACAAACGAAUGAACCGCCAAGUCCAAGUAUUUCUAGUCAUACAGAGCAGAUUUUUCACCUUCCAGGAGAGGAAGGAGGGACUCCACCUUCGCAUGAAGAGAAUGUAGCAGUUAGUACUCAGGAGAGUGUCAUUGGGUUGGCUAUUGAUCUAAAUGCAGGCCGUUGAUGUUUUCUCUUUUCUAACUUAAAGAUGGCAUAGCCAUCUUUGAUUUGUGUAUUGGUGUAAAAAGGGAUUAUGAUUGUUUUUAGAUUAAGCCUUUAACUUCA